AUGACUUCAAACGAGGACGUAUUAUUCCAGACAGACGCGUUCUCCCCUUCAGAUUACAUUCGAGAUCGUCUAAAAGGAGUGAAAAUCGGCGAUGAGACGCGCAAACUUCGACAGUUGCGUUCUGAAAUGAGCGCGCUGAAUCAUGCGUCGCAGGAGACUCUGAAAAAUAAUGUAUUCCGGAAUUAUCAGCAAUUUAUAGAUGCCUCCAAAGAAAUUUCUCAUUUGGAGCGAGAAAUCUACCAGCUGACACAUUCCCUAAUAGAGCAAAAGCAGGUGAUCGAGAAUCUUCUACUGAUGACUGACGAUGAUAAAAACUCGAUUCACACUGUCUCCUCUCAUUCUACAACGACUUCCAACACGAAUCCAAUUCAGAUUUUGAUGCAAAAAAUGGAAGGAAUUGGGGGCAUUCUGAAUAACAUGUCGACGUCGGAGAAAGUGAUUCUGCAUGGGGAAAUGGAGCAAUUCGAUGUGGAGACGAAGAAACCAGUGCAAAAGUGUAUGCUGAUACUGUUGUCGCAUAGACUGAUCAUUGGAAAUAUAAAUGCAGCAGGAAAAUUUGUUAUGGAAUCCACACUCUCCUUGAACUCUGUGGCUCCUGUGAACGUCAAAGAUCGAGAGUCCGGAGCAGCGAACGCUGGAAAAGUGCUGAAACUUCUCAUUUUCCCCGAAUCCCGAUGCUAUCUCUGUGAAAGCGCCAGAAUCCGAACACUGUGGUUUGAUGAGUUGGAACAGGCGAAACGAGAAAUUCUUCAUAAAGGAAGUCUAGUGAGACAGGCGACGAUUCGAGGCAAACGGCAAACUGUGAAGGAGAGAAAGGCUGCUGCCGCAGCGACUGUGAUUGAGGAGAAAGCGUCGUUUCAGGAAGAGGAUGAAGACGUUGGUGAUGAGGAGAGAAAUGACAAUGACAUCUCCUGGCUAGCCGAGUUGCCUGCGGAGCUUGAUGACUGUAUUGCUCAUAGAGAUUUGGAUCAGGCUGUCGAGUUGAUUCAUGAAUGGAAACAGUGUCCUACCAAGGAUGCGGUGAUAGAUAUUCAGUUGCAGAUGAGAGAGAAUACGGUGAGUGACUUACUCACCAAAAAAGAAAAUUUAAAAAACCUAAAUUUCCAGAUUGUCCAACUUCUCAGCGACGAUGUCAGCCGCCCUGGAGCCGUCCAUGGCGGCCCUCGUGCCAUGAAAAAAGCCAGAACCCUCCUUACCCAGCUGGGACGUGGAACCUACGCUACUGAUGUCUACCUCCGUCGAAGAAGUGCAAUGCAACGAAACGCAAUGCGAGAUGUUACAGUAUCCGAGGAGCCGAUUUCCUAUGUAAAGCAAUUAUGUACCUUAUAUGGAAAUGCCGUAUCUGACAUUGCCAACGAAUUCCGCUCGAUGCCUCAAUACUACUGUCAGGUGUUGCAAUGGUGUUCGUAUGAAUUGAGCACUCUCCUGAAUCUUAUCAGAAGACACGUCAUCGAAGUGGCUCCCGCUAUUGCAGUCAUUGCGUAUACCUGGAAAAAUGUGAUGCAUACAAUGGAGGAUUUGACGGUGAUCGGCGUUCAUUUGAAUUUCGAAGUCAAUCGAUUGCUCAGUGCUCCGUUGGAGAAGGCUUUACAAGGAAACUUUGAGAAUAUCUGUGACGCUGUGAAGAUGAGAAUAUCGGAGGAGAAAUGGAAGCCAUAUGUGCUGGAUUCGGAAUCAGCUCUGAACCGUCUCGUCGAGGAGCUCUCCGACGUUGGAAUCAAUGUGGAAUGGGCGAUUUCGGCGAACGACGAAACUAAAAGCUCACUGAAUGUAUCCCAAAACGUUGUUCACUUCGCAAGAGUAGCACAUACUCUAUCCAAGGAUCUAGCUCCAUUGAGACUUUCACCGAUUCAAGUGCUAUGUGAGGUGUAUGCUGAUGAGUUGUGGAAGAUGUAUCUUCAACAUCUGGCAGAUAAUAUUCGAGAUGGAGCAGUUUUCGCUUACUCUACAACUUUCAUUUUGACUAUGUUAAUUGCUCAUCCUACCCUCUUCCAGGUUCUCCCAGUAUGCGACAAAAUCCUGUACGGCGAGGAAGGCGAGCUGAUUCGUCUCAUCGACCAAUUCCCGAGUCUCGCACCCUAUGCAGAUCCAUCGGAUGAAGAAAAGCAGAAGGACGACGAAGAAGUUGCUCAUGUUUAA